GAGAGAGAGAAAGAGAGAGAGAGAGAGAGAGAGAGAGAGAGAGCACGAUUGGAUGCCAGUGACAGAGGAAAAGACUAAAACAGCCUGUGAAUUUUCUUAGUUGCCAUGGGCCCUUGGGGGUCGAUCAAGUGGCACUGCUGACUCACAGAGGAAAGGACAGAAGACACAUGAAGAAACAACAAAAACAAAUACAAGUGACAAGAAGUAACUAAGGACAACAAGGCUUUUAUAAAUAACAGGGAAGGAGAAACGGAGUGAGGGGCACACAGGGUGAGCGUUUUGUCCAGACUGGAGACUGUCUUCAGUGCGUUGCCUUCACGCAGCAGAGAGAGAGCCAUCGACAAGAUCACCCAGGUCCCUCAGCCCAUCAUCCAUCCAUCCAAUCAUCUGUCAGUCUGUCCAGUGAACACGAGGCAGAGACAUGAAGAGACCUCACGACUACAGCUCCCCAGACUCGGACACAGACGAGUUCAUUGACGUGGGACAAGAAGACAGCUUUUGCCCAGUCACCGGGUCCAUGUCUCCUGGCAGCGCCUCUCAGAUUCUGGCCCGAAAGAAGAGAAGAGGGAUCAUAGAGAAGAGGCGCAGAGAUCGGAUCAACCACAGCCUGUCAGAGCUCAGGAGACUUGUGCCCAGUGCUUUUGAGAAACAGGGUUCAUCUAAGCUAGAGAAAGCAGAGAUCCUCCAGAUGACUGUGGACCACCUCAAACUUCUGCACGCCAUGGGAGGAAAAGGUUACUUUGAUGCGAGGGCCCUGGCUGUUGACUACAGGACCCUGGGCUUUCGGGAGUGUGUUGGGGAGGUAGUGCGGUACCUCAGCUCCCUUGAAGGGGAGUCCCCAGACCCUAUAGGAGCCCGCCUGGUCUCCCAUCUUUCCCACUGUGCAAGUGAGCUAGACCCUCUCCUCCUACAGUCACCCCCAGCCUCCACCCUCCCCUUUCCUCCUUGGCCAUGGGCAUCCUUCCCUCAGAUCUCCCCUACCUCACAGGGCUCCUCCUCACCUCCUUUCCCCAGUGGGCGAAGGGACCUGGCCCUGCUGGGGAGCUACCCAUCAGCGGCCUCCAUCAGCCUCGCCCCUCCACCCCUCCUCGCCCCUACAGCCCUGGCCACUGUCCACAGGGUGCCCUCCCUUGCAGCGUCCCCAGCCCUUGGCCCCUCCAGGCCGACUCAGCCGUCCCCUCACAGCGCCACCAGAGCCUCGCCUCUCCCACUCCUCACCCCUUCCUCUUCUUCUCCUUCUACCUCCGCCUCCUCUUCUACUUUAUCAUCUUCUGCCCCAUUGCAAGUCUCUUUCAGACCCUUUGCACCUCUGGGGUCUCCUGCAGCCCAGCGCAGGGGCUUGAGUGGAUCAGCCAAGUCGGCCCAGGGAUGGGGGACUGAAAUCGGAGCUUUCUGAGGGACAACCCUGGUUUUGUUUUCCAAACAAACUCUGUACAGUGGACAUGGCGCUCCUAUGUGCACCAUGUAGCAAGUAUGAUACUUUUGGAGGAAGAAGUAUUGAACCUUUGAUGAUUGUCUCUGCUUUUGAAGGACUCUAAAGCCAUAUCAGACUAUGGGUGAAAUUUCAGAUAAUCCCAAACAAUCAUAUGUAAUGGAAUUAUGAAGGAAUGUGAAAGAAUGGAAGAUUUAAAUAAAUUCUUGACCUUGCUUGACAAAUACACAUGUACACAGUGUCCAACAGAGCCAUAUAUGUAUAUAUAUAUGUAUAUAUAUACACAACACUCAACAAAGUGAUGUUGAGUUUUUACUGACUUUAACUGUGAUUUGUUUUUUCCAAAACAUUUAUACUUUUAAUUACAUUUUCCAGUUUUGACACAAAUUUCUAUAAAGACUAAGUGCCUUUACCUUCA